AGCCAUGGCCUUCCCCACCCUCCACGCCCGCGCAGAGGCCAAGCCGCUCGAGCACCGCUCGUGCCUCACGCCCACCACGGCCAAGAAGCUGCUCGACGCCGGCUACCCCGUCCUGGUCGAGCGCUCGCCCAAGGACCCCAACUAUGCCCGCAUCUUCGCCGACGACGAGUUUGAGCACGCCGGCGCCACGCUGAUUGACGAGGGCGCAUACAAGACGGCGCCCAAGGACCACAUCAUCCUCGGCCUCAAGGAGCUGCCCGAGGACGACUUUCCGCUCGAGCACACGUUUGUGCACUUUGCCCACUGCUACAAGCAGCAGGGCGGCUGGGAGCACGUGCUGGCCCGCUUCCCCCGCGGCGGCGGCACUCUCUACGACCUCGAGUUCCUCCAGGACGAGUCGGGCAGACGCGUCGCCGCCUUUGGCUACCAUGCCGGCUUCGUUGGCGCUGCCCUCGCCACCAAGACCUGGUCCUGGCAGCUCACCCACCCCAACGGCGAGCCCCUCCCUGGCCUUGGCGAAUUUACCCAAGGCCGCGGGUACUACAACAACGAAGAUGAGCUCAUCGCCCAGCUCAAGGAAGAUGUGGCUGUGGGCGAAAAGAUUGCCGGCCGCAAGCCCUCCAGCCUGGUGCUAGGCGCCCUCGGCCGCUGUGGCUCGGGUGCCGUCGACCUGCUCGAAAAGAUUGGCUGUGCCGACAUCAAGAAGUGGGAUCUGCCCGAGACCAAGGAGCGCGAUGGCCCCUACCCCGAGAUUAUCGAGUCGGACAUUUUCGUCAACUGCAUCUACCUCUCCAAGCCCAUCCCGCCCUUUGUCAGCAAGGAGAGCCUGCAGGCACCCAACCGCAAGCUGAGCGUCGUGUGCGACGUCUCAUGCGACACCACCAACCCCCACAACCCUAUUCCCAUCUACAACAUCAACACAACCUUUGACAAGCCCACAGUCGAGGUGCCCGUCCAAGACAGUGGUCCCAGGCUCUCGGUCAUCUCGAUCGACCAUCUCCCGUCCGCCCUUCCCCGUGAAUCCUCAGAAGCCUUUAGCAAUGCCCUAUUGCCCAGCCUGAUGGCCCUCAAGGACCGCGCCACAACACCCGUCUGGCAAGGCGCCGAGCGGCUAUUCCAAGAAAAGGUGCAGACAUUGCCCGGCGGGGUUCCCAACAAGGAGGUGUAGGUUGCGGGCAUGGAGCAAUUACAAGCAUGUCGAUGAUUGAUUAUGAUUUAUGAUUUUCCAGGGAUAGAUAAAACAAAUUUCACCCCC